AUGGCUGACAGUGAAUAUGCGUAUGAGAUUGUUACGAAUGAAAACGAUGCACGUGAAUGUGCGCGUCUCAUUGCCGAAGAAUUCUCUGCACACAAUCCUAUCACAUGCUUCGAUCAGAUCUCUCCCGGAUGUUUCUACGAUCACUGUUCAUGGCCAUUGAUGAAAGAUAUGCUAGCCGAACACUUGUCGCUUCUUGCACGACAUCGUUCAACUGGUGAAAUCGUCGGAGCAACGAUUGCUGGUGAUUUCUUUCUAGAACAUCAACGAAAACAUUUACGUGAUAUUUCAAAUAUAUCGUCUACGAUUGCAAUCGAUGAUUUACUUCAUGAAAUGGAUGAUCUAUUUGUGGCACGAGAUUUUGGACAAGAGUUGCAAAGCAAUACGGUUUUACACAUUCCAUUUUGCGCAGUUCGAUCUCAACAUGGUGGAAAAGGUAUCGUUACACGAAUGAUCCGAAAUGUAUGUGACAACGCACGGCAGAAACAAGGUUUUCAGUAUCUUCUCGGUCAAACCACUCAUCAAGCCACACGGCAUGUAUGGAUAAAAAACCUCGGCGGAAAAGAAGUAACAAUUGUCGAUCCGACAACAUGGAUAUGGAAGAAAAAUGGCAAAGAUUCAUCAUGUCCAUAUAAAGAUUAUGAAGGGGGUCCAAUACCAAACAUUCUUGUUAAAUUGUAG